CAUGAUGGCCCAUUAUAUGCAGCACAUGGCGCAGUUUAUGCCCAUGUUCCAGCCACCGCCACCACCACAGCCGCAGCCGCGCAUCGUUACCUUCAAGAUGUUGAAGGAUAAUGGAGCGGAAGAGUUCCGAGGAGACAAUGUGGGGGAGCCCCAGAUUGCAUUGGAUUGGCUUGAGCAGAUGGACCGGGUACUCAAGAAUUUGAGAGUCCCAGAUGCUGAUCGCUCGGAGUUGGCAUCACAGAUGUUCCGGAAGGGAGCAUAUGAUUGGUGGAAGCGCAUUGACCAGGAUCCACACACGCCCAAGCCGUGGACCUGGGAUCGCUUUGAUCGAGCCUUCACGAAGGAGUACGUCCCCACCCGGUACCGCGAGGAGAGGCGCGAUGAGUUCGUUGCGCUUAAGCAGGAGGGGAUGUCACUGCCUGAACUGAGACAGAGGUUCGACUACUUGUCCCAGUAUGCGACGAGUCUGGUCUCCACUCCGGAGGAUCGUUUGAAUGAGUUCGUCAAGAAGCUACGGCCGGACUUAAGGCCGUACGCCGCACUAAUCACGACGACAGAUUUUAAUGCGGCGUAUGAUUUGAUUGUGAAGACGGAAAAGAGCUUGGACGAUCUGCAGGCAACCAAGAAGAAGGAUCGAGCGACGAAAGACCCGCGACCCGCGGCCAGCACCGGGCCGAGCGGGAAGAGUUUUGGAUUCGGGGGAAAGAGGUACGAGAAGGGUUCUUCGAGUGCGCCGACGCCUAAGAGGAGUAAGUCGAGGCCGUCUCCGUCGGUCGCCGCUAGCAACUCGAACAGAACGAGGAGCCACCCGCAAUGGGUACAGUGUGGUAGGCAUCACCCGGGCGAGUGUUGGCUUGCCCAAGGCUUAUGUUUGGGUUGUGGCCAGCCAGGGCAUUUCAGGAGGCAUUGCCCGACAAACCCUAGCAGCGAGCCUGUUUUACCUAGAGCUCCGGAUCAGCCUGCCGCAUCACAUCCAGCACGGAGUCAGCAGUCUACGGCCGCAAAUAAUCAGCAGAGAGCACGUCCGCAGCAGUCAGGCCGGGCACCAGCGCGUA